AUGCGUCUUUUAAAAGAUAUUUGCCAAAACUUUGUAAAGCCAAAUUUGAUAAAUGAAAAUGUUCAUUUAAUAUUAUUUUCAAACAAAGACAACCUGUUGCCGAUUGAUGAAAUUUUUAUUGGAUCAGAAUGUCAACAAGAAUUCAAAUUGAUGUCACCAAAAGAUUUAAAUUUAAUAUCAGAGUUUAAAAAAAAUUGUUGCCAAUUUUAUUGCAAAGCAGCUGAGGAAAUAGUCACUCGACUUCCAGUUGGCUAA